GUGCCUGGAGAAGCAAUCGCCACAGCGGCUCUUUGGAGCUCAGCACCAUCUCACCUCCGCUUCCCCUCGAGCCCAGCAGCCGCUUUCUGAUGGAGCAACGCCCUCGCCAUGCACGUUGCCAGGCCGAAAUCUGCCAAGGGACGCACGAGGCCGAGCUUCAGUCACUCUCCGAGUGUGGAAGCCUGCCCUUGCCGAGCGCCGUCUUUCCCGCCGCCAGCAGCUCCUUGCAGAUCGCUGAGCAGCCGCAGAGCAUCGGCCACAAACCCGGCGUUCCUGUCCGGCCACGUAUCUCCUGCAGAAAUCCCGGAGCUCCUGCGGCAAGUGCCUCUGAGGACCUGCUCGUCCCUGAACAGGUAAAAAAAAAUGGGCUGGAAGGGCGGUGCCGCGGUGGAAGCGGUGGCUGAACAGACCGACCGGCCGCAAGCGAGCGGGUCGCAGGAGGGUGCUCUGAAAAUCGAACCCCUUUCUGGAGAAGAGGGAUCUGCUGGCAAAUUGUCCCAAAGCUGUGGCCCUGCUGAAGAGAGCUCACACAUGCCACGUCCUCCCGAGAAGCUGGAAGGGAAACUGAGGCAAGAGAGCUCUUUGACACUGAAAGAGGAGUUGCCCUUGCUGCUCGCCAUUCGCUCUCCCUCCGGUCAGAGAUUUGAACAUCGUUUCAAGCCCACUGACAGUCUCCAGGCGGUCCUUGCCGUGGCAGAACAGAAAACGUCGGCCAAAUACAAAAGCUGCAGCAUCGAAACAACAGACGUGCCCCGACAGAGACCUUUAGGC